AAGUAAAAAAAAAAAGACCGUGGGUUCCUGAACGCAUCUUGCAGACGCGGAAGUAUGCCGUCACUGACAAUAACAAACCUGCCUUAAAUAACGGCGGAGCUCUGUGUGCCGUUUUUGUGUAUUUUCCAGGCAGCCUGUUGUGGUCAAAUACACGUCGAAAAAUGACCACACGUAAACGAACAUCUGCAGAGAGGAUUUGAUCGUGUUAGCUUCCAUUUUCUCCCCGUUCAUAAAGCAGCUGUGUUAACACUAGCUAAAUUGCUAAGCGCGUGGCGACACGCCAAAUCAUGAUGGCAGGGCUGGUUCUCGUUGGUUGAAAUUAAGAAGUCGAUUCUGAUCUCCGAGGUUGACGAACUAAGCGCGUACGCAGAGUCACUUCCCGUAAAUGGCAGCCAUGGAGGGCGACACGGGCUACGUGAAUAUCGGCAGCCUGACCAGCACUCUGGCGGUCAUCCCCUACCAGAAGCUGACCGACCUGUACUACCUGAGCAAGGGCGGCUUCGGCACGGUCUUCAAGGCGCAGCACUCCGACUGGCGGACCACAGUGGCCAUCAAGUGCCUGAAGCUCGACUCGGUGGGAGAAAGAGAGAGGAAGUGUCUGCUGAAGGAGGCGGAGGUGCUUCACAAAGCCAGGUUCAACUACAUCAUCCAGAUCUUUGGCAUCUGCAACGAACCCGAGUUCUUCUGCAUCAUCACCGAGUUCAUGAGCAAUGGCUCUCUGGACCUGCUUCUUCAUGAGAAAGAGACGUAUCCGGUUCUUGGCUGGCCCCUCCGGCUGAGAAUUUUGUACGAGAUCGCCCUGGGGGUCAACUUCCUCCACAACAUGACCCCACCUCUCCUGCACCACGAUCUAAAGACGCAGAACAUACUUCUGGAUGGAGAAUUUCACGUUAAGAUCGCUGACUUUGGCCUAUCGAAGUGGCGGCAGCUGUCUGUCAGCAAAGGCUCGGGCUCCAAGCCCGCAGAGAUGGAAGGGACGGUCAUCUACAUGCCCCCAGAAGAGUACGAACCGUCAAAGAACCGCAGGGCUGAUGUGAAGCACGACAUGUACAGCUAUGCCAUCAUUAUGUGGGAGGUCUUAUCUAGACAGAUUCCCUUUGAAGAGGUGACCAAUCCCAUGCAGAUCAUGUUCAGUGUGCUGCGGGGGAAGCGGCCUGACAUCAGUCAAGACAGUUUGUCUGCUGACAUCCCCAGCAGAGAGACGCUCAUCAAUCUGAUGACAGACGGCUGGACGGCUAAUCCAGACGAGCGACCCUCUUUUCUCAAGUGUUUAAUCGAGCUGGAGCCCAUGGUCAGGAGGUUUGACGAGAUAGAGCUGCUGGAGGCCGUGCUGGAGAUCAAGAAGUCAAAGAUGAGACAUCAAUCACCUUGUUGUUCAGCCCAGCCUGUGUGUGAGAAAAGGAACCAGGACAAUUCUCUGAAUGCGCAGAUGAAGCGAUUGGGCCCGUGGCCUGAGUGUUCCACAUCUGGAUCUGGCUCCUGCUGUGCACAGGAAACAGAAAUAUCUCUGCCAGGUUUCCUCACCAUGAGCAACGCUCCAUUCUCUACACCAGUGCAACCUCUUCCAGCCUCAUUCAUAGCUCCAAGUCUAGAGUCCCCAGAGUCUUUAAAGGACCCCUGUUGCCCUAGCAACAACCUGAAUGGCUUCCAGGUUGUCAAAGCCAUGAAUGACCUCAACAUACCUGUCACGCCCGCCUUGCCAACCACAGAGUUUGAUACACGGACUGACAACACGCCACCUAGUCUUAAAUCUCAAAUGCAAGCUGAUUGCUCUCCUCCACUGCCGCACUCCCCCCCGCUGUCACAAGGCCCCAUCAGCAGCUGGAUCGCCAUGCGGCGCGUGCAGAUCGUCUCCCAGAUGACGGAGGCCUGUCUCAACCAAAGCUUGGACGCGCUGCUGGCUCGCUCCAUGCUGAUGCGCGAGGACUACGAGCUGGUGGUCAACCAGCCGACGCGCACCGCCAAAGUCCGCCAGCUGCUGGACAACUGCCACAAACACGACGAGGACUUCUGCCGCAUUGUCGUCCGCAAGCUGUUCGACAACAAGCAAAUGGGCCUGAACCCGUACCCCACAGACAUCAGCUGUCCCACCUCUGCAGCUGCUGUGCCAAGCGCUCCAUCUCUGCCCACCUCCUGCAACAUCCCCAGAAACUUUUAGCAGAGGUGGCAGCAAAUCAGAGGACCGAUGAUGGCGUCGUCGCACCACAGCUGACCCUUCCUGGUUCUGUUGUCGUUAGCAAUAAAGGUGUAGGUUUUGUCCUUCCGUAAAAAUCAAAAGAUACAGAAUGAGUUGAUGAUCUUAAAUUGUUAUGGAUUUUGUAUUUAUACUCCAUUUUUUUUUUAUUUCCUUGUGUUUUCUCUUAUUAAGGCCCAUCUUUUUAGAUACUCGUGUGCAUUUGCCUAAAGGAAGCGCCAUGGAGACUGUUACUUUGCUGGCAAACCUGCAGUAAAGAAAAGACCCCAGACAGAGUACAAUCUCAAGGCAGCACUUUCCCAUGAGUUCACAUGAACAUUUAUAAAACCUCCCUUUACCUGUAAAGUGCACAGUUUGCAUUAGAAAAUAUAUCAUAUUGGUGCAAAUUCAAUUUUACUGAAGAGAAGACGAUUAGUGUGUUCACAAGAAUCUCAAGAAUAUGACAAAAAUGUUUGGGGGUUUUUGUGUCAAAGUUAAGCAGCUCACAAUAACUACUGUAUUUAUUACGAAGUAACCUCUCAGUAUUUCUAUUCAUGCUCACAUUUUGAGGCUUGACACCCACCCAGAUACUUUAGAGCCCUCUUUCUUCCAGAAACUUUUCGUUAUUAAUCGGCUCUAACUUUUUGGAAGUUGCCAAAACUGCUUUUCUUGUAGCAAACUUUCCUGGAAUUGUAAUCCAAUCAUCUUGAAGUUUUGUUUUCCAUUAUAACAAGAACAACUCCUUUUUAAUAAAACAGUGAUGGCUUCCAUAAAGAAGAACAGUUAAGAGAGUAGCACCAGUAUCUGUACAGAUAAUACACUUUUUGAUGUCUAUUUUAAGAUGUAGCAAAGGAAAACAAAGUUACAGCAUUAGGAAAAGAGUUUUGGUUUAAUGGAAUAGUAAGCAGAAUAGGUUAGGUUUAUUCUAUUCAUUGGCUGGCAAAGCAGUAUAUUUAACACUUUCAAUGGAGGGCCUUACUGGUGUCUUCAAUGCCUUUGCUUCUUAAAGGAGGUGCUUAAAUUUCCAAACGGUAGCUUUUCUGUGUACAAUGUUUUCCACCUUUGCCUUUUCCCAACGUGCUCAAAUGUGGAUUACUGGUUACUAAAGUGCACACUCUGACAAACGUCAGGUUUUCAGCCAUCCGUAGUCCCUGAAAUGACAACAGAAAUUAGGCUUUUUGUGCUUCCAAGUGUUGGAUGUGUCCUUAAACUCUGUGCCUCAUUGUGACGGCCUUUGUAUCUUGUAUUAUAUUUUGUACUGUACCCACAUUGUUGUACAUCUUUAUCUUUAUGUGGUAGUUUAACACCUAAGAUGUCUGUUGAGGUAAAGUUGCAUUUUCUAGUGCGACCUUUUUUCAAAUAUUCUGUCACUUCUUCCAUUAAAUGGGAAUCGAUCACUUUGUAA